AUGAUAUUAUGCGUUGGUGAUAUUGUGCCUCCCUCAACCGAAAAAGCAAAAGUGUUAAGGAGAAUAAUUUUCUUUAUAAUCUUCUUACAGAUAUGUUUAGCAUUAGGAAAACUGUAUUAUGAUAUGUGGGCAGGUGUGGCAGAAUUCACAUCAGCAUUUAUCUUGUGGUGUGCUUAGGCUUAAUUAAAUUAUUGCAAUUGCGUUAUUUACAUAUUCUUUUGUCUAAUGAACACUUUUCUGAUUGUGGUUAAUUUCUUGACUGACAUCCAAAACAAAGUCAACCUCGAACAGUUGUCAAAUGAUGGCAGGAAUCAGUUUCUGCUCUAAGCAAUCUCAAUGACAUUUUACAUAGUUUCAGUUUACUUCACUUUUCAAGCAUAUAAAGAAUUCAAAGGAAUAGCAUAUGAUGUUUAUGCUGCAACCACUAAUGAUUAAGUACUAUCAAAAUCAAAUAUAAGAUAACAACUAGAAAUGCAUAAUUUUGAAAAUUGA